GGCUCAGCAACAUGGUUUCAUAUUUUAUCAGGCCUGCCGGCUCGACCAGAAGCACUUGAAGAGUGCUGGAUGGGCUUGUCGAUCUCAAACAAGGUUUCGCUGGUGGUGGUGGUAUGGUGUACCUGUGCAGCUGCAAAUGAUUCAAGCUUGAUCCGACGGUCUGACGUGUCUGUGGGGUAUGAUGGCAAGCUGGAAUCUCACCCCCACCAUCACCGGCACCACCGUGCGCACCGCAAGCCCUCGCCGCGAGUGCAACUCAAGAUGGACCAGGUCAAAGAGAUCCCUCACUGCGACCAGGAGUAUUCCUGCGAUGCCCAGCGCACCAAACAUCUGGGGGACUUUGCCAGGAAGCGCAUCGCUGUCUACACCUACAACAUCGGAUCUUACGAGGGCGGAAUGCGAGAAGAUAAUGUGCCAUGUGUUCCAAACAACAUCGAUGCUUUUGUGUUCCUGGACGACGACACGAAGGAGCGCUCGGACGACAGCGCCCUGAACCUUUGGCGGAAGCAGGGCUGGCAGGUGAAGCCAGUGACUCUGCAGGCGGGCAGCGAGUUUGUGACUGGGGCCCGGCUCACCUCGAAGCUGCUCAAGUUCACCCCGCCCUCCUGGCUGCUGAACGGGGACUGGGAGUGGCUGGCGGAGUUUGACGGCAACGUGGUCCUCGACCUCCACACCCUGGGGCCCUUUCUGGACAAGUACGAGUCAAAGCCUUUGAUGCUCCUGGACUGGAGCUAUCAUGAGGACUGCAGCGACGACGGGUUCCAGUGCUUCAGCCGAGAGCUCCACUCCAUGCUGCACUCCCGGCAGACGUACAUUGAGGAUUCCAAGGAGAACAUUGUGGCGUGGGAGAGCAAGCUGACAAAAGAGCACGAGGGUAGCGUUGCAGGUACAAGGAAGUAUGCCCCGCCCUACUACUACGAGACGCGGAUCAUCUUGCGGAACCUGCGCCAUUCAAGGUCCAAGGAUGUGUCACAGGCCUUUGGCCGCACCUACGAGAAGUGCCACCAGAUCCAGCGGGACCAAUUCCUGGUGCCGUACUUUCUUUGGCAUGCGAAUCUCAGCUUCGACACAGAAGCCUUGCCCAUGCGGUACUUGGUGGACACCGUCGGGAUGUGUAUGGUGAAGACGCGAGUGGGGCGCAACUUGCUUUGACGGAUGUGUGCACA